AUGGGGGCCCGCGCAGGGUGUUUUGCUUUCCGUCCCAACUGGGACCUUGCUUGUUUACUUCUGCUAUUAUUACAAAGCUUCAAUGGCCGCACCCUAGCGCAAACAGCAGCGUCAGAUGCCCCCGCCAACUUCCAGGGCCUCUACCUAAACCCAACCGCACCCGCCGCCAUCGAGACCAUCAGCUGCGACACGAGCUCCAUCUUCGCCCUGUCCAGCACCUUCGCGGGCUGCUGCCGCAUCGGCGGCAACUGCAACUUCCCGACGGCCUGCACCAAGGGCACGCCCACCAACCGGCGCGGCGUCCGCUGGUCGUGCGGCCUCGACCGCGAGUGCUACACCAUGACCGUCUACGACGCCCUACUCGGCCGCCUCCGAGAGCUGGCUCGUCUACAACUGUGCCAAGUCCUGGGGCCGGAGCCGACGGGGAGUAUGGCAAUGAGCACGGGGAUGGUGACCACGACGACGCCGGGGGGGCCGCCGGCGGCGAUUACUUCGGAUGGGGGACAAGGCGGGGAGCAGCCGGGGGAAGCGGAGACCUCGUCGUCGAGGGCGUGGAUUGCGGGUGCGGUGAUUGGGGGUGUGGUGGGUGCGGCGGGGUUGGGAGCGCUGGGGUUCUUGUUUGAGAAGAGGAGGGGGAGGGCGGCGGAGGGGGAAGAGGGCGGGACGGGGUUCAAGCUGCACUCGACGACGCUGCUUAGGUCGGGGGGCACACCCGCUCAGUAUCCGGACCCAACGUUGCCGGGGCAGAUGGGUGCGGUGUAUGUGGCCGGCGGUGUGGAGAUAGAGGGUUAUACGCCCGAGAAGGGCCUGCCGACGAGUCCGCAGGAGGUUUCGGAUACGGGGGCGACGCACGCGGAGCUGGAGAGUACCCCCGUGUGGCAGAAACAGGACCAUGGGUCGUAUAAUAAGUAG